CUCGACAUGUGGCAUGACUUCUUUUCCCGGUGACACGUGUCCUCCCUGCACAUUUGCGUUACAUCGACGAUGUGAAGAUGAAACUUGAAAGUUGAAAUUGAAGUUCCGAUCGAACACCUGAAAUUUGGAAAUCAAGCAAACCCUAGUUAAUUUUAGAAUUGGAAGAAAAAGAGCAUGCGGUUUAGAUUGAGAAAUCUGAAUCCCAUAUACCCAACAUGCUUCACAAGGCUUUCCUCUUCAAAAUUUCCCCCUUUGGUUUUUGAAUCGCUUAAUUCCUAUCCAUUUGAGUCUAAUUUAGCCGAAAAUCCCGCAUUCAAAAUCCAAAGAAGAUGGCAUUUGGGUCAUUCCCACCACGAUGACCAUGAUCAUCACCACCAUUACCAUAAAGAGGGAGAGAAAGUUUUCAAGUUGGGUCUCGCCGCCGACAUCGGUUUAGCCACCGGAAAAGCCAUCACCGGCUAUCUUUCCGGCAGCACUGCCAUUAUCGCCGAUGCUGCGCAUUCCGUAUCUGAUGUGGUUCUCAGUGGCAUAGCUUUGUUGUCUUUCAAGGUUGCCAAGACGCCUAGAGAUAAAGAACACCCAUAUGGACAUGGUAAAUUUGAGACACUAGGAGCUCUUGGAAUCUCUUUCAUGCUUUUGGGGACUGGAGGUGGCAUUGCGUGGCAUGCUGUAGAUCUUUUGAUGGGAUUGUUCUCAUCUGGUCCGGAAACGGUUAGCCAAGCAUUGGCACACGGACACGGGCAUAGCCAUGGACAUGAUGGACAUCACCAUGGAAUUGACAUGGAACAUCCUGUCCUUGCUUUGAAUAUGACUAUCGUGUCAAUAUGUGUUAAAGAAGGGCUUUACUGGAUAACAAAACAAGCUGGUGAGAAGCAAGGUAGUGGACUAAUGAAAGCAAAUGCAUGGCAUCAUCGUGCGGAUGCUAUUUCAUCAGUAGUUGCUCUCAUUGGAGUUGGUGGGUCUAUUCUUGGAGUGAAGUUUCUAGAUCCCCUUGCUGGACUUCUUGUCUCAGGCAUGAUUUUGAAAGCUGGUGCUGAAACUGGUUACCAAAGUGUCUUGGAAUUGGUGGAUGCUGCUGUCCCGGCACAACAUUUGGAUCCUAUUAAACAGACAAUAUUGCAAGUUGAUGGUGUCAAGGGCUGCCAUCGUUUAAGAGGAAGGAGAGCUGGUUCAUAUCUGUAUCUUGAUGUACAUAUUGAGGUUGAUCCUUUUUCUAGUGUCAGUGCUGCACAUGACAUUGGUGAAAAUGUUCGUCGUCAAAUUCACAAGUCUCAUCCUACUGUGGUUGAAAUUUUUAUACACAUAGGAUCCCUUUGUGUUUUUUUGGAUCUACUUGCUUCGUCUAUGACCUGUCUCCAGGAAAAGGCAUAUUCAAGACUCAAGAAAAGGUGUCAAUGUUAUCCUGUUUCUUUUCAUUGCUUCUUCACUUCUGCUGAUGCAAUUUGCUUUGAAGAUUCCCCAGUCAUCACCUCGAAGGAAGAACCUGACUCCAUUUGUGUUUGUCCCCAUUCCUUAUUUCAAUUAUCCAGCCCCCACUUUUUCUCAAGAAACACCCAGACUAUUAUGCUUUUUUGACAUUUCAACUUAUUCUGGCCUAGCCUUCUCCUCCACCUGACUCUUUUGAGUUUUCAUCUUCUUUCUUCAGACUAUUAUGCUUUUACUACUGCUUUGUCAUCUGUUUCUACCCUUAAGACAGUCCAGGAAGCUCUUUCCCAUCUUGGAUGGCACAGGCUAUGAUUGAAGAAAUGCAAGUUUUAGAAUCUAACCAAACAUGGACAUUGGUUUCACAACCUUCAAUUAAAAAUCCUAUGGAGCAUUGAUGGGUGUUCAUUGUCAAAGUAGGACCCAAUGGUGCUCUGCACCGUCUUAACUCUUUGAGCAUAAAUUAGUGGCCCUUACAUCAAUUUGACAUAAAAAAUGCCAUUUUACAUGGAGAUGUGACUGAGGAGGUCUACAUUGACCAACUUCUUGGGUUUGUUGCUCAACAGGGAGCCAGGAUGGGUUUUUAAGCUUUAAUGAAUCACUGAAUGAUCUUGAACAAUCUCAACAUUAUGGUUUGGGAGGUUCAACUCAGUUUUUCAGAAAUUUGGAAUGACUCAAGAGUGAAGUAGAUCAUUAUGUAUUAUAUAAGCACUCAGUUAAUAUGCCCCUUAAUAUAUUGUAAUGAGGUUUUCUGAAAUCUAAAUGACCUUUUUUAUUUUGUCUUUUUUAUUUAUUUAUUGGAUGUCAUGUGUUCUGCUAUUUUUUUUUAUCUUUUCAACUCAAUUUGUCCUAUUAUUCA